ACAAAAACCUGCAGUACAUGGCAUAUAGUGUUGUUCAAAAGGAUUAAAAAAACGAAGGUGAAAAAGGAAAGGAAGAGCCAGAUGUUUCAGAGGAGGGUGAUUUCCUCUCUCUUCAUUCCCAAAACACCCCUCAACCUCACUCUCUCUCUCUCUCCUUCUUCCAGUUUUUGUAGUUCAUCUGAGGCUGGGAAAAACAAGACCUACACUGGACUUGGACGUAAGGUUGUAUCAAUAGCACUGCUUAGCCUAACUGGUGGAGUUGCUUUAAGCGCCCUCGAUGACCUCAUAAUAUACUAUGGUUGCAGCAGCAAGGCUCUAGAAAAAGCUAGUCAAAAUCAGAAGAUUCUGGAGGCUCUUGGGGAACCAAUUGUAAGAGGUCCAUGGUAUAACGCAUCACUUGCUGUUGCCCACAAAAGGCAUUCUGUAUCUUGCACGUUUCCAGUGUCUGGACCACAAGGAAAUGGUAUUCUUCAAUUGAAGGCUGUUCAUCAAGGAGAUGAUAGUUGGUUUACAUUCUUACACCCUCGAGAUUGGGACAUUCUGAUAAUGGAUGCUAUGGUGCACAACCGCACAAGCCAAGACCCUCAACAAACCUUUCGGAUCAGCCUCUCAGAUGGGUUGCAACCCAAGCCAGUGGAAUGUAAGGAAUGUGUGGCUUCAGGAACAAGGGGCACCAAGGAGUAACUUAAAUUUUGAUAGAAUGAUCAUGUCUCCUAAUUCUUAUCUGCUUCUUCUUAAUUAUGAAAAGAGAAGAAUUCUUUUUUGUUUCUUCCUGCUUCAUGGUUUUGGGUCCAAGUAUAGGUUAUUGCAUGGCCAAAUCCUACAGGGUUAUGGCUGCAACUUGUGAGAGAGAUUGAAGGUUGAGUGCGCAUCUUCUUUAUUGAUGUGGAACUUGUUUACAGAAUAAAUCAUGUAAUUUUGAGAUUGACAAUGAUUAUGAUAAUAAAAACCAAGAAAAUAACAUUUUUUAA